CAGUGAACCCCACCCGGAUUGGGCUGUUUGGAGCUCCUCCGCAGUCAGAAGGGCACGUGGUUCUUCUGGGAGUAGGGAGAUCCGGACUCUCGCUAUCUCCAACUCAGACUUUGCUCUCGGUUCUACGCCGAAGCCGCGCUGCGCGAUUUUGUUGUUUUGUUAUUGGUUUUCUGUUCUUUUGUUUGGUUUUGUCUGUGUCCGUGUUUGAAAAUAUGGGACAGUCCUUAAUUACCCCUUUGAGUCUAACUUUACAGCACUGGAGGGACGUCCAGGACAUUGCGAACAACCAGUCCGUGGAAGUCCGAAAAAGGCGUUGGGUAACUUUCUGUUCGUCUGAAUGGCCCACGUUCAACGUGGGCUGGCCGCGGGAUGGUACAUUCGACCUUACUAUUAUCUCACAGGUCAAAGCCAAAGUGAUGGACCCCGGCCCUCAUGGGCACCCAGACCAAGUUGCCUACAUCGUGACUUGGGAGGCAAUGGCAUAUGAUCCACCACCAUGGGUUAAGCCUUUUGUCCCUCCCAAACCCCCACUUCCUCCGUCUGCUCCCUCCUUACCCCCUCCACUCCUCCCCACUCCAACAGGACCCCCAUCCCGCUCAUCUCUAUAUCCGACCCUUACUGACCCCUCAAAAAUCAAACCUCCUCCUCCGCAGGUUCUGCCCGCGGGGGAUGACCUAUUGGUAGAACUCCUCACGGAGGACCCCCCCCCCUACCGAGAACAGGCCCUCCCGCCUCAGGUGGCCGACUCGACCGAUGAAAACGAGGGGCCUGCCGCGCCAUCUCCCGCUGCCCCGUCCCCCAUGGCAGCCCGCUUAAGGGGACGGCGAGACCAGCAGCUGACCGCGGAUUCUACUUCCUCUCAGGCAUUCCCUCUCCGGACCGGAGGAAAUGGCCAACUACAAUACUGGCCGUUCUCCUCCUCCGACCUAUAUAACUGGAAAAAUAACAAUCCCUCUUUUUCUGAAGACCCAGUUAGGCUGACUGCUCUAAUUGAGUCGGUCCUGAUUACUCAUCAGCCCACCUGGGAUGAUUGCCAACAAUUACUGCAGACUUUGCUGACUUCGGAGGAGAAGCAGAGAGUCCUCCUGGAGGCUCGAAAGGCGGUUCGGGGAACAGACGGACGUCCCACCCAGCUGCCUAAUGAAAUAGAUGCCGCUUUUCCCCUCGAACGUCCCAACUGGGACUUCACCACCCAGGAAGGUAGGAAUCACCUAAUUCUCUAUCGCCAGUUGCUCAUAGCGGGUCUCCAUGGGGCAGGCCGACACCCCACCAACCUGGCUAAAGUUAAACAGGUAUUGCAGGGACCAGGAGAAACUCCCUCAGCGUUCUUAGAGCGACUCAAAGAAGCCUAUCGUAGAUACACCCCUUAUGACCCAGAAGAUCCAGGGCAAGAAACUAGCGUAGCUAUGUCUUUCAUUUGGCAAUCUGCUCCGGAUAUCAAACGCAGACUCGAGCGCCUAGAAAACUUAAGGGAGAGUUCGCUCAGGGACCUACUAAAGGAGGCAGAAAGAAUUUACAAUAAGAGAGAGACUCCAGAAGAAAGGGAGGACCGUCUUAGAAAGGAGGCAGAGGAAAGAGAGGACCGUCGCAGAAAAAAAGCUGAGGAAAAGGAAAAAGAAAGGGACCGUAAGAGACAUAAAGAGAUGAGCAAACUCUUGGCCACCGUAGUUUCCAGCCAAAGACAGGGUAGACAGGAGGGAGACCGGAGGGGGCCCCAGGUGGAGAAGGACCAAUGCGCGUACUGUAAGGAAAAAGGACACUGGGUUAGAGACUGCCCCAAAAGACCGAAGGGGCCCCGAAAGCCACGACCCCAGACCUCCCUCCUAACCUUGGAAGACUAGGGGGGGUCAGGGUCAGGAGCCCCCCCCCCUGAGCCCAGGAUAACUCUUGACGUCGGGGGGCAGCCAGUCACCUUCCUGGUGGACACUGGGGCUCAACACUCUGUGUUGACCCAAAACCCCGGACCCUUGAGCGAUAAAUCCGCUUGGGUCCAGGGGGCUACCGGGGGAAGAAGAUAUCGAUGGACAACCGACCGCAAGGUACAUCUGGCUACCGGUAAGGUGACUCAUUCUUUUCUCCAUGUCCCGGAUUGCCCAUACCCAUUACUGGGAAGAGACCUGCUGACCAAAUUAAAGGCCCAGAUAUACUUUGAGAAUUCGGGGGUGCGAAUUGUGGGGCCACAAGGACAGCCCUUGCAUGUGUUAACCCUAAAUUUGGAAGAUGAAUAUCGGCUCCAUGAGCCACCUAGAGACCCCGAAACCGCACUAGAGACUUUUUGGCUGUCUAAAUUUCCCCAAGCAUGGGCAGAGACUGGGGGUAUGGGAUUGGCCACUCAACAAGCCCCCUUGAUUAUAUCGCUAAAAGCGACUGCUACCCCUGUCUCAAUCAAACAAUAUCCCAUGUCGCUUGAAGCUAAGAUGGGAAUCAGACCCCACAUACGGAGACUCCUGGACCAAGGGAUACUAACACCCUGUCAGUCCCCCUGGAAUACUCCCCUAUUACCUGUCAAAAAGCCGGGAACUGGGGACUAUCGGCCAGUCCAGGACCUCAGAGAAGUUAACAAACGGGUAGAAGACAUACAUCCCACCGUGCCUAACCCCUACAAUUUGUUAAGUGGGCUUUCCCCGUCUUAUAAUUGGUACUCAGUAUUGGACUUAAAAGAUGCAUUCUUUUGCCUGAGACUUCACCCAGAAAGCCAACCUAUAUUCGCCUUCGAAUGGAAGGACCCAGAAUUGGGGAUUUCAGGACAACUGACCUGGACCAGGCUCCCACAAGGGUUCAAAAACAGCCCCACCCUGUUCGAUGAGGCGCUACAUAGGGAUCUGGCCGAUUUCAGGAUUCAGCAUCCUACCCUGAUAUUGCUCCAAUAUGUGGAUGACCUCCUACUGGCGGCUACCUCAGAACAGGAAUGUAAGAAAGGCACAAAGGCCUUACUGCUGACCCUAGGGAACCUGGGCUAUAGAGCCUCCGCCAAAAAGGCUCAAAUUUGCCAAAAGCAGGUCACUUAUCUGGGGUACCAAAUCAAAGAAGGGCAAAGAUGGCUGACUGAGGCCAGAAAAGCGACAGUUAUGAACAUGCCUGUACCUGGGACCCCUCGGCAGCUGAGGGAGUUCCUGGGGACAGCAGGGUUCUGUCGCCUAUGGAUUCCAGGAUUUGCUGAAAUAGCAGCCCCUUUAUACCCACUCACCAAAUCAGGGACUCUGUUCAGGUGGGGCGAGGACCAACAAAAGGCAUAUCAGGAAAUAAAGCGGGCCUUACUCACCGCUCCCGCAUUAGGACUCCCAGACCUAACUAAGCCAUUUGAACUGUUUGUGGACGAAAAACAGGGUUACGCAAAAGGGGUCCUAACUCAAAAACUGGGUCCUUGGAGACGUCCUGUAGCUUAUCUCUCGAAGAAGCUCGACCCAGUGGCUUCAGGAUGGCCGCCCUGCCUGCGAAUGGUAGCGGCGAUUGCAGUCCUUACCAAGGACGCGGGUAAACUAACUCUGGGCCAGCCAUUGACCAUCCUGGCACCUCAUGCGGUGGAAGCCUUGGUUAAGCAGCCUCCGGACCGUUGGCUCUCUAAUGCCCGCAUGACCCAUUACCAAGCCAUGCUCCUGGAUACGGACCGAGUGCACUUCGGACCUGUGGUAACCCUAAACCCUGCAACCCUGCUCCCUUUGCCGGAGGGAGGGGCGGAACACGAUUGCCUCGAGAUCCUUGCGGAAAUGCACGGGACCAGACCGGACCUGACGGAUCAACCCCUCCAGAACGCUGAUUUUACCUGGUAUACAGACGGGAGCAGCUUUCUAAAAGAUGGUCAACGAAGAGCCGGGGCUGCAGUGACCACCGAAACCGAGGUAAUCUGGGCAGAAGCCCUUCCAGCCGGAACCUCUGCCCAGCGGGCUGAACUCGUGGCGCUCACCCAGGCUCUCAAGCUGGCAGAAGGUAAGAAGCUUAAUGUCUAUACUGAUAGCCGGUACGCCUUUGCCACUGCCCACAUUCACGGGGAGAUUUAUCGGAGGCGGGGACUGCUAACAUCCGAGGGCAAGGAAAUUAAAAACAAAAACGAGAUCUUGGCCUUACUAAAAGCCCUGUUUUUACCCCAAAAACUAAGUAUAAUCCAUUGCCCAGGACACCAAAAAGGGGACAGCCCCGAGGCCCGAGGCAACCGAAUGGCUGACGGGGCCGCACGAGAGGCCGCUAUAGGCAUGACGCCAGGCGCCUCACAAGUCCUCACGAUUGCCCCAGAAGAUACCAACGCCCCUCCUUUACAUUGUCCCUUCCACUAUACCAGAGAGGACACGGAGAUACUAAAAAGAAUGGGGGCUUCUCAUGAUUCGGCCAGAGGGCAUUGGGUCUUCCAAGGCAGAUCCGUGGUGCCCACAAAACAGACUUUCGAACUGAUAGAUUAUUUACACAAGCUGACUCACCUUAGUCCUCGGAAAAUGAAAACUCUCCUAGACAGAGAAGAAAGCUUCCAUUAUUUGCUAGGCAGAGACAAAAUCCUACAACAAGUAGCUGAUGCCUGCAGGGCAUGCGCUCAGGUCAAUGCUGGAAAAUCCAAAUUCGGGACAGGAAUCCGGGUACAAGGACACCGACCGGGUACCCAUUGGGAAAUUGAUUUCACUGAAAUUAAGCCUGGACAAUAUGGAUACAAAUAUCUGUUGGUAUUUGUUGACACCUUCUCCGGAUGGGUGGAAGCCUACCCGACCAAACAUGAAACAGCCAAGAUAGUGACCAAGAAGCUGUUGGAAGAGAUUUUCCCCAGGUACGGCAUGCCCCAGGUACUGGGAACCGACAAUGGGCCCGCCUUUGUCUCCCAGGUAAGUCAGUUGGUGGCCAAGCUCUUGGGGAUUGAUUGGAAAUUACAUUGUGCUUACCGACCCCAAAGUUCAGGACAGGUAGAGAGGAUGAAUAGAACAAUCAAGGAGACUCUAACUAAAUUAACGCUUGCAACUGGCACUAGAGAUUGGGUACUCCUACUACUCCUAGCCCUUUAUCGUGCCCGCAACACUCCAGGACCUCAUGGACUUACUCCCUUUGAGAUAUUAUAUGGGGCGCCCCCGCCCCUCAUUAAUUUUUUUGACCCCGAUAUUUCAGACUUUGCUAACAGUCCCUCUUUGCAAGCUCACUUACAGGCACUCCAGGCCGUGCAGAGGGAAGUCUGGAAGCCACUUGCUGCCGCUUACAAAGACCAGCUGGACAGACCAGUGAUACCCCACAACUACCAAAUUGGUGACGCGGUUUGGGUCCGCAGACAUCGGACUAAGAAUUUGGAACCCCGUUGGAAGGGACCCUACGCUGUGCUGCUGACUACUCCGACCGCUCUCAAGGUCGACGGCAUUGCGGCCUGGGUCCACGCCUCCCACGUAAAAGCGGCCCGACCGGACGAGAAAACAUCAGAAUCAUCAUGGAAGGUUCAACGUUCUCAAAACCCUCUAAAGAUAAGACUUACUCGGGAGCCCCCCUAA